AUGCGAAGCAACAAAGCAGAAAGAUUGAUAAUGACUCUGUUAAUUACAUUAAUCAUAGCAUAGAUAACGAGAGCGCUUCCCUCCCGGAAGCAAUUCCAGUUGCUUCCCAUCACCAAGGCUAGCACUAAUCAUCACUUGUGAGACAUCAAGAUGACAAGCUCUGCAAUCAGGAAUUGGGUUUUCUUUGCCCUUUCUUCAAUUUGGUUUUCUUUGGCAAGAAGCUACAUGCACACGUACGCCGGUAACGAUCUCAUGUUUGCCCAAGUUAAUUCCUUGACCUCCAUCAAGACUCUGCUUCCUUUCAGCUACGAUAGUCUCCCAUACUGCAAGCCCGUUUGGGGGAUCCGAGAAAGUGUCGGCAAUGUCGGCGCGGCUCUCAUGGGAGACCAAAUCGUCAACUCUCCGUACCGGUUCCGAGGGAAUGUCAACGAGUCCGUCUACCUCUGCACCACUGAUCCCCUAACCGAGCACGAGGCUAGGCUCCUGAAGCAACGGAUUCGCGAUUUGUACCAAGUGAACAUGAUGCUCGAUGGUUUGCCGGUAUUAAGGUAUGCCAGCUUUGGUGGGUAUAAAAUUCAAUGGACCGGCUUCCCAAUAGGGUAUGUACCGCCGAACAGCGAUGACGUUUACAUCAUUAAUCAUCUCAAGUUCACAGUCUUGGUGAACGAGCACAGAGGCCACAGUUACGACAUAACGGAUUUUGACACGCCAUCGAAUAGCACGGUCUCUAAGGGUUAUGAACCGGCGCCGCUGUUCGAGAUUGUGGGCUUCACGGUGGUUCCUUGCAGUGUCAAACACCACCAGGAAAACAUGAAAAGGCUCAAAAUGUACGACAACAUAGAUUUCAUGGAAUGCCCCCGUGAGCUCGUGACAUUUCAGGUAGUGAGGGAGAACGAGAGAAUAGCCUUCACUUAUGAGGUUCAGUUCGUGAAGAGCGAUAUCUGCUGGCAAUCUCGUUGGGACAUUUAUUCAAAGCAGAGAGAUUCCCGAGUACGUUGGUUCUCGACAUUCAAAUCUCUGAUAUCCAUCCUUCUCUUAACUGGUAUUGUCUUUGUGAUAUUCCUGAAGACAAUAUCUAGGGAACUCACAAAACGCCGGGGACUCGAUAAGCAGGCCGAAGCACAGACCGAUGAGGAGCCUUCCGGUUGGAAGCUUCUCGCUGGCGAUGCAUUCAGAGAGCCGAUUCACUCUAGACUUCUCAGUGUGAUGGUUGGAACUGGGGUCCAAAUCAGUCUGACCGGAUUUGUGACCGUAACCAUCGCAGCCUUCGGCUUUGUACAGCCCAAUGCUCGAGGAAUGAUACUGACGUGGAUAGUAACUGUCUACUCUUUUUCAGGAAUCGUUGGUGGGUACGUUGGCGUGCGUCUGUGGAGAAUGCUGAAAGGAAGUACUGAUGGUUGGAAGUCAGUUUUGUGGUCAAUCACAUUUCUCUUUCCAGGAAUCGUCCUAAUCGUACACAUGGCGCUCAACCUCAUAAUGUGGGUCAACCGUAGCACAGCAGCUGUUUCCAUCUCCAUGUAUGUCAGAGUUUUGUUGCUCUGGUUCUGCAUUUCAUCACCAGUCACCCUCUUGGGAGGACUCCUAGCGACCUGGGCGGAGGCUAUCCAAUAUCCUGUGAAAACCAAUCACAUUCCUAGGGAAAUCCCGGCUUGGACACUUCCCUCGUGGCUCUUAGUUCUUAGUGCUGGGAUGAUCCUGUUCGUCACGCUCUUUAUUGAACUCUUCUUCUUUCUGAGUAGCUUAUGGCUCGGUAGGUUCUACACCAUGUCAGGGACCCUCUGCCUUUGUCUUCUGUCCCUCGCUAUUCUCUGUGCUGAAACAUCCUUGAUCAUUACAUAUCGCAAUCUACAAGCCGAGGACUGGAAAUGGUGGUGGAAAUCUUUUUGUGCUUCGGGUUCGGUUUCCGUCUUUGUGUUCAUGUACAGCAUCAAUUACUUGGUUUUUGAUCUGAACGGUUUGAGCGGGCCCCCAUCUGUCACAGUUUAUGUUGGUUGCUCGCUCAUCAUGGCAAUAGCAGCCCUGCUAUCAACUGGUAGCAUCGGUUUCCUUGCUUCAUUCUACUUUGUGAAUGGUCUCUUCUCAUCAACAGAGAUCUGAGUGGAGUCAAACUUUUUUCUGAAUUUCAUCAUCUGCUUGAGCUCCUUGCAUUCGGAAGACUGAAGUUGCCUCGAUCGAGCACAGGAAUGUUUUACUUUAGUGUCAUGUUUCACUGUCGAAAUAAGCACGAGAUUGUCAUAAAUAGCUAUCAAUGUCAUAAAUAGACUCCCAUC